GAAAGAAAUUUCAGAGAAGACUCGUCAUUUGUCUUAUGUUAUGGCGUUGGAAGAUCUUUUCAAGAGAUUUGAGAUUUUCUACAAAGCAAAAUGUCUACGCACCUUUCUACCACUCUAUUCCCCAGAUGAGUUUUAUUGCUUAUCUAAUAAGGUGCAACAUGAUGUAUUGAUUAAGCUGAGGUGCUUGAGGGUAUUAUCUUUGUCCAACUAUCAUAGCAUUAGUGAGCUGCCGGAUUCAAUUGGCGAGCUUACACAUCUAAGAUAUUUGGACCUCUCCCGUACUUUGAUCAAAAGGUUGUCUGAAUCCGUGAGUACUCUGUACAAUUUACAGACACUGAAGUUGGCAUAUUGUUAUCGUCUCAGGCAGUUGCCUACUGGUAUGCACAAUCUCAUUAACUUGCGUCAUCUAGAUAUGACUGGAACAUGUGUAGAAGAGAUGCCAGCACAGAUGAGCAAAUUGGAAAGUCUCCAAACAUUGAGUACUUUUAUUGUGGGAAAAGAGAAAGGAAUAAAGAUUGGAGAGUUGGGGAAACUUUCAAAUCUUCGAGGAACACUAUCCAUUAAGAAGUUGAAGAAUGUUGUGAGUGCUGAGGAUGCCUUUGAUGCCAAGUUAAAGGAUAAGAAAUACCUUGAGGAAUUAGACCUGGAAUGGGGCUAUGGAAAGACAGAUGAUACAAAGGGCGAAAGAUAUAUACUCGAGAAGCUUGUGCCUCAUACAAACUUGAAAAAGCUCCAGGUCCAUAAUUAUGGGGGCACCAGAUUUCCAAGUUGGUUAGGAGAUCGUUCAUUCCACAAUAUGGUAUCUGUAAGCCUUUACAACUGUGAAUAUUGCCUAAUCUUGCCACCCCUUGGGCAACUGCCUUCCCUCAAACACCUUUCCAUUGAAGGGUUUGAUGGAGUAGUGACUGUGGGUCCUGAGUUUUAUGGGAGUUCUCAGCCCUUUCCUUCGCUGGAAAUAUUGAAGUUUAGUUGGAUGUCUUCAUGGGAAGAAUGGUGUUCUUUCGGGGUUGAAGAAGAAUUCAAAAGAGGUUUCCCUAAUCUCCAAGAGCUUCACAUAGUGUCUUGUCAGAGCCUAAUAGGGAAUUUGCCCAAGAACCUUCCUUCUUUAAGAAAACUUGUGAUUGAGUACUGCGAGCAACUUCUUUCUCCUCUCCCAAGAGCUCCUGCUAUCCGUGAAUUAGAGCUGAUCAAAUGUGAUAUGGUAGUGUUGCGGGAGCUGCCACGCACACUGCACUCGCUGAAAGUGAAAGGAUGUCAGGUUGUUGUAAAGUCACUGCUGGAGGCAAUGUCAACACAAAUCCAAGCCUGUCGACGGUUAGAUAUUUCUGAUUGUUCUUUGAUAUCAUUUCCUGGGAGUUUUCUUCCGACUACAUUGAGCUUUUUGAGUAUCAAAAACUGCGAGAAGUUAGAGUUUCCUCUGCAGCAGUACCACACGUCCCUCGAACACUUGCUGAUAGUAGAUAGUUGUGGUUCACUCAGGUCUUUUCCAUUGGAUUUCUUCCCCAAUCUUACUGGUCUCACUAUUGGGAGGAGCCCAAGUCUCAGAUUUCUUUCAGUGUCGGCGGGGCAACAAAAAGUUCUUGCAUCUGUCACGUACUUGAAAAUCCGGGGAUGCCCAAAUUUCGUCUCUUUUCCCAAAGGAGGACUAUCUGCACCAAACCUGAGUGAUCUUUGGAUUGAAGAGUGUCAGAACUUAACAUCACUGCCUGAACGAAUGCAUGUCCUGCUCCCAUCCUUACGUGAACUAAGAGUCUCCGGUUGUCCAAAACUAGUGUCUUUUCCGGAAGGUGGUUUGCCCCCUAGCUUGUCUUCACUUUACAUCGGAGAUUGCAACGACCUAGUUGCCCGCCGAAUGGGGUGGAACUUGCAAGGCCUCCCUUUGCUUACAAGUUUUGGGAUCUUUGGUGAAUGUCAAAACGUGAAGUCCUUUCCAGAGGAGGAGCUGCUGCCCUCUUCUCUUACGUACCUGUCCAUCGUUGGACUUUCCCGUCUCAAAAACUUGGAUGGGAGGGGGCUUCAAAUCCUUACAUCUCUCAGAACAUUGAUCAUCAGUGGGUGUCCUGAGCUCCAGUCAAUGCCAGAAGAAGGGCUGCCUAUGUCUCUUGUUGAGCUCAUCAUCCGGAGAUGUCCUUUGCUGAGAGAACAAUGCCAAAGGGAGAAAGGGGAAGACUGGCCCAAGAUAUCUCACAUCUCUUGCAUAGAGAUUGAAGACAACUGUAACUCAUGAAAUUCCUCCAUUAGAGUCCGUGUUCCUACACAAUACCCAAGUUUCUCUCAGAUAUGGAGUAGUUUGACUGCAGAUAGUUUUCAACUGAAGUAAUAACAUAAACCAUGGAUUGGGAGGUAGAGCUUUCAGAAAAUUUUAAAUCUUUAAAUCCCGAUUCAUCUCUCAUCUUUCAGGAUUCGACAGUCGCAGAUUCAGUUCUUGAUGAUCUUUUAAAAAACACCCGAACAUGCACCCACACUCGCACUUGCAGCACCCCUCCCGGCCCUGAUGCGGCUCUUUCACAUGCACGUUAUCAGACUCACACCCAAGUUCUGGCAUCUGAAGAAGAUGAUGACUCAAACAACAAAAAAAUUCCCGGUUCAAGGCCAAGAAGACCUUCAGGAAACAGAGCAGCAGUUCGGAAGUAUAGGGGGAGAAAAGGAAGGCUCAUACAGCUUAUCUCGAAGAGGAAGUCGAGAAAUUGCGUCUUUUGAACCAACAACUGGUUAGAAAAUUACAGGGUCAAGCAAUUCUCGAAGCUGAGGCUUUGAGAUUGAAAAGUCUUCUGCUACACCUUGGUGGAAAGAUUGAUAAUGAGUUGGGUGUUUUUCCCAACCAAAAGCAGGGUAACACUAAUGCCAUGUUGAAAAAAAGCGAUUGUGGGUUGCAGUCAGCUGGUGUGGCAAGUAGCCUACGAUGUCCGACUAAUUUACCAUCCUUCCAUCCACAUGUUGAGUCAUCAUCGCAGGCUGGUACUGGUGGAAGUGGGUAGACGAUGAUAUCAUUGGACGAACACUGCGAACCUGCAAUCACAGAUUGCCGAGCUAGCACAAAUCAGAUGGUGAAUGCUGAAGGACAAACACUGGAAACGAUGGAGACCUUGGUUUCAUCUGCAUCACAGGCAGAUUAAGUAGCCAGAGAGUUAUCAUUUGUAAGUUUCUUGUGAUCAUCCUUUUUGUAAAAUUUGCAUAAUUUCUAUCGGUAUACUGUUUUUCAAUGUAACUUACUUUUAGGGGAGAGCACUAUGUAGUAGUGCUUGUAAGAAUGAGAGUUCCAUAUUGGUAUACUAUCAAAGCCUGUAUAUGCCCACUUCUGAUACAAAUUCGACUCUUUGAGCAUUAUCAGUUU